AGGCCCUUGAGACAUUAUAGAGGGCCUGAGUAUUAAAGAAGUGUUCUUGAAAGCUGACUGAACUAUUUGCUUUUUUCUGUUUGGUUCAUCUCUCUUUUCUCUUGUCUUUCAUCUUCUUCAGAGUUUUCUUUCUUUUUUGGUUGUAAUAUCAAAAGGGUUUCCCCCAUUUUUGUGAACCCUUUUCACUUCACAUUGGUCACCAUGAACUUGUUUUGAUCCUCUUGGUUCCUCUAUGAACCCUAUCUAUUGCAGCCUUGCUUGUCUUUUGUGGGUGAGGGAACUGUCAAGUAGCUUUAAUCAAACCCAUUGUGUUGAUACUUUGUUUUCAGAGAUAGGAAGUGAUGCAGACUUCAAAAUCCAGUUCAUUGGAGACCGCCAAAAAGGUUUCUUUAAAAGCUGCUCGUCAAGUUAAGCCCACAGCAUUGAAGUGUGACUCGUCAUCUUCUUCCAAUCAAACAGGAAGGAUAUCUAAAGAGAGAAGCCCUAAAAUUAUUGGCAGAUCGCCCAGAACUCCACUAUCAGAGAAGAAGUGCCAGAACAAAAUAUCCGAGUUGGAAUCUCAGAUUUCUAUCCUUCAGAAGGAUCUUAAAAAGGCAAAGGAGCAACUUCAUUCAUCCAAGUUGCGGAAGGACCGAGCUCGAGUUGAUGCUGAGGUGUCCAGUGUGCCUUCAAAUGCCAAGGAGCAUCGGCUAUCUUCUUCCGAGCAAGGUCAUCCUAAAGAGCUUCAGAAGCAAGCACAAGAAGAUGAUCAAUCUCUGCACUCUGCAUCUGAGGUCACUGAUAAGUCGGAAUCUGUUGAUUCAGUUGCCUUAGCAAUGGUGAAUGUAAUGCAGCAGCUUAAACUCAAACUUCGGGUAGUUGAUGAAUCUAAAGCUUUUCAGACGAAGCAUGCAGGAUCUGUUAAUGAGAAGCACAGUAAAUUGAAGAAAUUUCUGUCAGAAAUUCUCUCCCUUAUGGGAAGCAUGAAAAACCAACUGCAAGAUUGUGAAGUAUCUGAAUCUCAGGUCCAAGCACUUAUAAGUGAAACUACAGCACAAUUGGAAACUGCAAAAGAAAUGGUGGAGUUACUUGGAUCUGAUUCUACAAAAGCUUUUGAAGAUUGGAAUUCAGUUACGUUGGAGUUGGACGAGUCUCGGGAACAUGUAAGCAUACUGGAAACGCUUGUUUGUAAAUUGGAACCUGCCCUUGCAAAUGCUAGUUGGAAAGCUUUUGAGACGUUUGCAGUUGGCAAGAAUCGAGAGCAGGAAACACAAGAAGGUGAGACAAGGGAAUCAGAACAGUUGGAAGCAGAUCUUAGCUCUCCUCAAUCAGCUCCACUCGCUGUUGAGGGUGAAUAUGAGGGGAAACAAGGUCAGAGUACCCUUGAGCCAAAACCUUCCACAGAGGCUAAACAUGUGAAAUCUGAUGCAAACCCGAGAGAGAUUGAACUUAAGAAGGAAUUAGAAAAAUCAAGACUUGAAAUUGACGAGUUUAGGGUGAAAUUACUCAACAGGGAAACUGAAUUAAGGAGCAUCACAGAAGAGAACUUGGAGUUAAGUUGUAAGCUCGAGAAGAGCCUAUCGAGCCACCGAGUAUACGAACUAGAGAAAGAGUUGGAUGACUUGAAGAACUGCAUUGCAGAUCUAAAGGCCAAUCUCUUAGACAAAGAAACAGAAUUCCAAAGUGUAUCAGAGGAGAAUGAAAUGCUGAUAUCUGAAAUUAGUAAAAGGGACACAAUCAAGACCAAAGUGAAGGAGGAUACAACGACCGAACUAGUUACAUCCACGACAAUAGACAGGGACACUCAAGUUAAACUCGGGAUCAUAGCAGAAGAAACAGAUCGAAGUACUAGCAGGAAAUCUGUAGGCAUAGCCGAACUCGAAGCAGCACAAGCAGCGAAUGCAGAAAUGGAGAUGGAACUGAGAACACUGAAAGUGCAGUCGGAGCAAUGGAGGAAGGCGGCAGAGGCAGCUGCAGCCAUGAUUUCAGCUGGAAGCAAUGGGGAAUUCGUAGGCAGAACAGGAUCAAUGGACAGCAACUACAAUGCCAUUACCGGUAAGAUCGGUCCGCUGUACUCAGAAGAUUCAGAUGAUGAUUUACUGAAAAAGAAAAAUGUGAAUGUACUAAGAAAGAUAGGGGUGCUUUGGAAGAAACCGCAGAAAUAGAAAUCGGAUUGUAGGCUUGUAGUGUUAGUUAUGUUUUUUCAUUUCCCCACGGCCAUUGAUGUUUUUUUCUUCAUUUUGUAGAGAGCUCUCUUCCAAAUUUGAGAAUUCAGAAUGCUAUUAAUAACUUAUAAUGGUGACAGUUGAUGCACUCUCUUUGCUCUUUGCAUUCA